GCGCGUCGGCUACCGCAAGCUCCAGUGCCAAUCGCUUGGACGGACCUUCGCAUGUGCGCGCGAUUCCGGUCCCUAAAGGGCUGAAGGUAUUCAUCAACAUCGCAUAUGAUCAUGCAGUACCGUCUCCACCUCCAGGGUCGGAGGAGAUAAUCCAGAAAGCCAUGCAAGGUCAGGAUCCGGACGAUCCGAAUAAUGAAGGUGGAUGGUUCGUGCCUGUCGUCGUCUCUCAUGGUCGCGAGGCACAAGACAAAGCUGGGAACAAGUCUCUCGUGUUCGAUGCGGUGGUGAAUAGCAAGCUCAAAUCUCGGGCGGCUGCGGACACCGAGUUCCGGUUCUUCCUUGUUGAGCUCGCUUUACAACACAUCGAAUCCCAGUCCGGUAUACCUCUCUCCAGGGACAUCAAGACCCCCAAUAUCGCCUCCAAAGGCAAACUCGAGCCACGAACGGUUCUCGUUCCACAAGCAUUACUCGAGCUAAAUCCAAGUCCUGCGUACCAAACGGGCAACUCCCGCCACGGGACCGCGGAAAUAAUACCCCAGCCCGAGACGCACCAAGGAAAGAAAAAGCUCAUUGAAGAGAUUGACCCUUCACCGGUGCAGGAUGUGUCCUCACCGAAGCUCAAGCCCAAAGGGAUCCUGAAACGAUCUUCAACGAACGAUGGAGGGCCGAUGUCCGGUCCGAUAGUCGCGGCCGACGAGGCGUCUCCGAGGCUGUUGCAAACCCGAAGUCCUGAGUGGAGCUGGUCCCAGCAGGGUGAUCAGAUCCGAGUGGACAUACGAGUGCCGGGAAUGACGCGCGAUCUCGUCUCGAAGUCCGCGCUGGAUCUCGAGCCGCGGCGUUUGCUACUGGAAGUGCCUGGAAUGUACUCGCUUGAUGUGGACAUCGCCGCAGCAAAUGGGGGGAAAGCUGGCGUCAACAAGUUGCUCGACCUCAGCAAUGCCCGAGAAUUUGACGUCGACAGUGCACGAGCUGAAUGGCGAGUAGCUGAGGGGAUCCUUUCCUUGUAUGCUUGAUGUUUGUCCUUGUACGCGCUUGCAAUCCGCCUAACCUCGG